AUGACAGAUGUGACCAAGUCCAAAGCUCAUAAGCGCAAGGCUCGCCGCAAAGGAAAGAAUAGACGCGUUCGGAACCGUGGUGGCAAGGCCCGCCCGGUGGCCCCAGAUGCAGCUCAAGCCCAGCCACUAUCUGAAGUCUUCAAUGAGACUAAACCAAAGAAGCGAAAGGCAAAGCCACGGGCUGCUGUUGUUCCUGUCUCGGAUGAUCCACUUGAACAGAAUAUUCUCGAGCGUGUCCCCAUGCCCGAAGGGUAUCUCUUCGUCCCAAAAGGCGACGUAUACAUCACACGACACUGCCGCAGCAAGACUAAAGAAUCAAAUCAGAUAGUCUAUUUGGUCUACAAACCCAACGGCAAACACACACUGGGAAUCCGAGUGCCAUCAGAAAUCCACACAACAGUCUUGGAAUCAGCAGCCGCAACCGCAGAAUCACGCGCAGAUGCAGUCAAAGUCCGCGACGCAAAUGAAACCCGCAAAAACCGCAAGCUACUCAAGGAAGAAUUCCCACUAAUGCCCAAACCAAGCCUGGAAAGCAUUCUCAACCAUGCAUUCCUGAAAGGAUCAGGCCGGGUAGGCAGAACAUCGAAGAUAUCUGAUAAACACCGUAUUCAGCUUGCUGUUGAGGCGCACAUUCGACAUGUGAAGACAGACUAUGACAAGCUUCUUGAUGAGGGCGUUGAGCGACAUAAAGCGAGAAAGCUGGUUUGGGGUGAAGUGCAGGCUAUUGAGCGGGCAUGGCAGGGGCAUGUGGAUGAACCAGACAACGGGAGCAAGAAGGAUAAGAAGGGGCAUAGUCCAUUGGCUCUGCGCCUGGCGUGA